GCUCAUGUUGUGACAGUUGGCAUCCCUUAAAUAUUGACUGUGUUUGUCGUAUUUCUUUUUCGCAGAUGUUUUAAAUAAUUUCUGUGCUGAUAUUAAUUAAAAUAGUAGCUGUAAUUUAUAGCUUGAAGUGUUAGAGUAAAAAUUGUUUUACAACAAAGUUAUUUAAUGUCGUAAAUAUGGCGCAUUUGCAAUACAUGCCCGGAGAUCCUCGUCUCGUCGAUCAACUGGUUUAUGAGUUAAAGUCGAAGGGUAUUUUUGAUCAGUUCCGUAAAGACUGCAUCGCAGACGUAGACACAAGGCCAGCUUACCAGAACUUGCGACAGCGCGUGGAGAACUCUGUGUCUUCGUUCCUGUCCCGCCAGUGCUGGAAGCCAGACCUCAACAAGAACCAGCUGCGGGAGAAACUUAGGAAACAUAUUCUUGAUGGCAACUACCUAGAGCAGGGAGUCGAAAGGAUCGUGGAUCAAGUGGUAAACCCAAAGGUUGCAUCCGUAUUCAUACCACAAGUUGAAGACCUAGUGUACAACUACUUAGGCAUAUCUCGGAAGAAAUCAGUCACUGCAGAAACUUCCAACGGAAAACUAAGCACAGAUGAUCUCCUACCCACAGACUUAGAAGCUGUUAGCCCAGGUUCAGUUAAGAGCAAUGAUGACAAGUCAGAAGCUAUGGACGAUGAUUUUGGCGAAGAGAAUAAAAUGGAUGUGGACAUUAAAAAUGAAGAUAAAACCUCCAUUUCAGAAAUAGAAAAACCAAAAGUUGAAGGAGAUUCACAACCCACAAUCAUUGAAAUAAACACCGAUUCUGAUAUGGAAACAGAAAAACCCAUGACAAUGCAUGAAGAUAUAAAGCUUGAGAACAUACCUCCGCCUGAUAAUAGCCCACCGAAAGUUGAACUCGAGAACAUUGAUAUCGAAAAAAUCGAACUUCCAAAAGAACCCAACAUUGGUACUGAAGUGCCGAACCCUGGUGAAAUACCACUUCCUAAGGAUGACAAAGAGCAAUUCUUCAAGCCAAUAGGCGUCCCAAGUGACGAUGAUUCAAGCAGCGAUUCAUCUUUGCGUAGAAAUAUGUCGCCAUUAACACCAAUCCGAAAUUAUAACAACGAGAAUUCUUGUGAUGCCCAACAAGCGUUUGAAAAUGAUUCUGAUAGCAAAAGCAAUGACAAAAAAGAGCCUAGUUCUUUUAGGUUCGCUAUAGAUGCUAAGUCUGCUGAGAACAGUCAAGACGGAAAACCGGAAAAGAAAGAUGCUGAGCAAGCAAACCUCGCUUAUCAGUUCAAUAAUCAGGUGAACAUUAACACGUUUAACACGCCAUUGUACGACGACAGUUCAAACAGCAACAAUUUACAUAUAGAUUACGAGAGCGACGUCAACAGUAAGUUGAAUGCAGAAAAAGUGCCAGAAGCAGAUCAGAAUUCAGAAGACAAGAGAGAUAAGAAGAGUGAUGACAGGAAAAGUAGCCACAAAAGCUCCCAUAGGUCCAGGGAUUCGCACAGACAUUCUAGCAGCAAAGAUAAAAGAUCUGAUUCUAAACAAGGCAACUCCCGAGACAGCAGCAGGCAUGACAAGAAGUCUAAAGAUGAGCACAGCAAAUCUAAAUCCAGUCAUAGGGAAAGAGAGAAGUCCAGGGAGAGAAGCGAUAAGAAGGAUAGCAGGGAUUCAUCUAAACAUAGGAGUUCUUCUCAUAAGAGCAGUUCUAGCCACAGGGACUCGAAAUCUCACCGAAGCUCAAGCUCCAGCCAGAAACACUCAAGUGAGAAAAGAUCUUCAGAUGACAAAAAGUCCUCUUCUAGCCAAAAAUCUGAAAGAAGUUCGGAGAAAAGUUCCGACAGAAGCUCUAGAGACAAAAGGGACUCAAAAUCCAGCUCUCAUCGAUCAGACAAAGAUAGGAAGAGUAGCAGCAGUAGGAGCAAACAUGAUGACAAAGAUAAGAAAAAGGAAAAGAAAGAAACUGACGACCAUUACAGUUUGUCUGGUAGAGGGAAUCACGGAAGACGGUCUACCGAUAGAGAUUCCAACGAUGGCAGCUCUUCGUCCAAAGGAUCCCAAAAUCAAUCUGGAACAAAACCGACGGAAAACAAGAAAGAAUCGAAAGGUUCAAGCUCUAAAUCAGAUAAUACGUCAACAACUAGUGGUGAAUCUACUAGCCCGAGUGACAAAGAACAUGGAAUUAUCACAGCUAAUGAGACUAAAAAUAACCAAAAACCUAUAAGAGUUGAAAAUCACUUAGAAACUCCCAUCGCCAGUCCUCCAAGACUGCCUUUCGUGCCGGAUGUCACGUUAAAGAAACCAAAAUUCGCAGCUAACUUGGAAGAAGCAAAACGGAUGAUGAAAAUGAGGAAGUUCCUAGAUGAAGAACAGAAGAGAAUGAACCAAGAGGCUGCGUUACUUCUUGAAUUUCAAGCUAAUGUUAGGCCCAGUUUGAGUCAGGUCUACUCUAGUAUUCCUGGGCCUGAGUUAGAAUUUGCUUGCAUAGCUCACGAAGUCAACAAUAUAGUUCAAAGUAAAAUAACUAAAACAGAACACGUUUCGGAAGAAACUGUUCCUUUAGAACCCAAAGUAACAGAUUCUGAAAGCAACAUUAAAGACGUAACAACCAAAAUCAUGCAAACCGCUGAUAAAAACAAAGUAACAAAUGAAAUUAUUGAUGAACUCGAAGAAACUCUAACUAACGACUCACAAAUGUUUGAUGAAACAGACACGAAACCUACGACUCCAGACAAGAAUGAAACUUACAACGAAAACAAACCAUUUUCUCAACUCAUGGAAGAAAUAUCAGAAUACAGUAAAGCUUCAGAGAAAAAUAAGAAAGACGCGUUAGACAAUUUAGUCGAUGAUGACAAGAAACGCACAGAAUAUUUUGAAGUAACUAUCAUUACAGAGGAAUUAUCCGAAACCGAUGAUUCUAUUGCGGAACCCAUGCCUGAAGCUGUGGUUAAACCUGAACAAGAAAUUAUAGAAAACCCCGAAAAUCCCCAACCUGAAAUUACCGAAAACCCUGAACGAGAAAUAUCUAAAGAUUCUAAAGUUGAAGUAAUCGAAGAUAUUAAAAUCGAAAUAGUUGAAGUUCCUAAAGUCGAAAUAACCGAAAUCCCUGAAGUCGAAAUAACCGAAAUCCCUAAAGCCGAAGUAAUUGCAAAUCCCGAACCUUCUGAACCAGCCAAAAAAGAAGAAGAAACCUUAAAAUACUUUGCUGAACACGAGAAAUUCGACGCAGAACUAAAAAGACACCAAUACAGCGACUUCCUAAAAUCCUACACUGAAAGAAAUCUAGUCUCCGACAAAAUUCACGUAAUAAACUGCGACCCUUACGAAGAAAAUAUCAUCAAAGAAGUCUGCUCUUCGUUCGGGAAUUUCGAAGUAAUAAACUACUUCAAAAAUGGCCAUUUGAAACUGCCAAAAACAUCUAAAAAUGUUAUUAAAAACGUGAACUUGGCUUCAGAAAUAUCAUUGCCUGUUGACAAUUCUUGUGGGUCCAAAUCUCCUUCAUUGGUUUUCAGUCCGGUGAAAUCUGAAUGUUCUUUCGAACUAUCAAGUGAUUAUGAUGCCAAAUUAGAAGAGAUGGUGAACAAAACAUCCCGUCAAGAAGUGAUGGAAAUCAUACUUGGCAACGUUAUAGAUGAGAAUCCUUCCAUAGAUUAUUGUACCGAGUCGAGUAUUGAUAACGACUUGAAUCUUAAACGGAAGAUAGUUGAAGAUGGUCCGGAGAAUAAUAAUAAACAUGUCUUGAAGAAAGUUAGGAAACUGAGCGAUUCUGAUCAGAUUUCAUCAACUACUGAAGAAAGUGAAGAGAUUUCAAACAACAAUAGGGUAUCCCAACCUACUAGGUCAAAGUACCUGGGUAGGGCACGACGGGUCGGCUUGGCAAGACCUAGGAGGAAUAAUCUACCCAACAGUCCUUCAAGCGACAAAUCGGUGGAGAAUUACGAACAAAACACUCAAGCGACACCUACCGCACAAACGCCAAACGGGAAAUUCAAAACUGUCACAAGGAACAAAGUUCAGAGAUACGAUACUUCUGAUCUAUACAAGCCGAAACUACAUUAUUUGUCCAGAAGAAAUAAUAUCAGUUAAGUCAUUUAUUUUUGACCUUGAUUUUUCUGUGUGAAAAUGGCUAACAUCCCCUGAAAAUGGUACCAUAUAUGUAACUUAUUUUACCUUAUAAUGUGUACCUUGCUUUACCUUUCAAUGGUUUAUUUUUACCCUGAAAAGUAAGGUUGCCAACUCGGGAUGAUUGUUAAUUUGUGUUGCCAUACCAAAAAAUGGUAGGCAGCUAUAUUUUUGGAGCUUAAUAUAAUUUGUAUAAAAGAAAUAUUAGUUAUGUCUUAAACUUCAUGCAUAAUCUUUUUGAAGAUUUUAUUGAGAUUAUAAAUCUUUGUGAACUUAAAAACGUAUUUUGACAUUUCAUUUUGCCUCUAAAAAGGUUGUAUUGAAAGUUGCUUACUUCCUUGUGAGUGCAAAAUGCUUCUUAUUUCUGUACUGUGUACAUUUCAUGUUCGCUCGUAGAAUUGUCUUUAUUUCGUUAUCCUACAGGCGAAAGGAUGUAUGUAAAAUUUGAAAACACGCCUGUAUUAAUAUUCCAUUCUCAGAAAAUUAAACUAAAGUAGAUUAUUUCUCUUUUAAAUGCAUAUAAAUUGCCAUGAAAUUUCUAAUGAAUCCUGCCUUUUUGUUUAAAAAGGAACAAAUACGGAAUGGUUUAAAUUCAUUGGGUAACACUCGGAUCGUGGCUUAGGGUACUAUUGUGGAUAAAAUGUGGAUUUGGGAACUUAAAUGAUUCUUGUUAAUAAUGAAUUUACAACCAAAAAGCAGCCUAGCUAGGGAUUGCAAAAGUAUGAAUAAUUUUGUAAUUUGCUUCAUAAAUAGCAAAAAUGAUUUUCUUUUCUGGCAGCCCACAAAAGGUUUAAUGAAAACCAGUGUUGCUAGUGCUGAAAUUCUAUAAGAUUUGUGUACCUAAUCCCUAGUGACGCCUUCAGUAUUUCGCCAUUUGAUCUAAUCACUGCCAGAAAUCUAAAUAUCUGUAUCGAUUUUAUCGGUUUCUGAAUAAGAUUUUUUUUCUCACUGUGAUACAAGCAAAGUCUAAUUCCAAAUCGCCCCGAAAUACUCGCAAUUUUUUUUGGGACUUCUACGGAAUAUCUCUUCUAAUAAAACGUAACUUUUAAAUGUAGUAGCAAUUUUAAGUCGACGAAGUAUGAUGUAGUAUUAAAUUAAAUAAAUAUUUUAUGAAAACUUUAAUUAACUAUUUCGUUAUUUUAUGAUGUAAUGUAUUUUGCUUGGAGGGGAAGAUUCUUUUAUCAAAAUUAUGGCGUAAUAAUUAAGCCGCUGUAUGUCGGAGCGCAGAUAUAUGCGAGAAACAAUUGUUUUUUUAUGGUUCUAAAAUCAUAAUUUGCACACAAAUAUAAAAAAAUGGUGAUAUAAUCUGACCAUAAUAUUAUAAAACCUAUUACUAUAAAAAAUACCAUCAAUAUAUCAGUGAUUGUGUUCAGCAUGAAUGAAAUUAUUUACCAAUAUACCUACUCGAAUUUCUACGAAUAAGUUCUAUCACCAACUUGCAAACGUUUUAUGCUUAUUGUUAUUACAUUUUUUGCAAACUUCCCCGUUUAAGGAAUAUUGCUGUUUCCUAGUUAGGAACAUUUAAAAUUCUGUUCCCGACUAAGGAACUAUUUAAUAUAAUUGUUCCCGAUUUGGGAACGUUCAGUUUAACAUUAUUUCAAACUGGGAAUAAUUUCCAUGACAUAUUAGGAUUCGAAUACAUUUGUUUGUUGUUUUCUAUAUUCAUGAAAUAUUUUAAUUAAUUGUGAAACCAUAUAAACUCUGGAAUACAUUUAUUAUGGAACCUCAAACCUGUUCCCUAGUUUGAUCUUUGUUAUCAAUCUUUUAUUACUAUAUGUACUCCGUUUGAGUAGGCACUUAAAAGGUAGACAAUAUUGAUAUGACUUUUAAUAAGAAAACUCAAUAAAAAAAAUUGAUAUGGCUAAAAACCUAUGUUUAAAACAGUAAGUUAAACAAUGGAAUCCUAAUUUUAAGCAGUAGUUUAUUUUUUGAAUACUUAUUUCUAUAAAAAAUCGUAUCAAGAUAGUUUACGUUUGUAAUAAGUGCCUAAUCAAACAGAUUACAUAAUUACAAGUGAGUAACUGAUGAAAUUUUAUGUUUUCUUCAUUUUAAUAGUUACUAGAUAUUGUGUGAUAAAAACCUGAUAUGUUCUGUAUGGUUUUAAACAUAGUAAUAUAUUUAAGUUACAAAAAAAUAUUUAGGUAAUGUGCAAUUUACUGCAAAAGAAAGACAAGUUUAUUUAUAUUUAUUUCAUUUUAAUCUUGCCAAAAUAAUUACAGAUUUCCACAUAUAAAAAGACAUUUAAAAACGAUUUAUUAACAAUCUGCCUGAUGUGGAAAAAAUAUUCUCUAUUGCUGUUUAAAACCGUUCUUUUGUAGUACCUUGCACAUGCCUAUAUGAAUAUUAAAGCUUUGUACAUAUACAAACAUAUAUCCCAUGUUAAAAUAAUAUGUAACGGUAGUACAGAGUGGAAAAUAAUCAGAAUUUAUAUUGCAGAGUAACGACUUACUAUACCCUUAGUGGACACUUGAACAAAUAAUAACUAAAACUACCACAAGACUGGUUCUUUUUCUAAACUAGUUACUCAAAACAUUAUAGUAAAUUAUAGCCUAAUAACUUAUUUAAAAUACCGAAUAAAAUCUUUUUUUCCUGCCCCGUUUCCAAUUUUAUUUGAGGUUGUGCAUCCAAAAAUAUCUGCAAAUCUAAAAAAGUCUGUGUAUAAUGAUUUUAAUGAUCCUAAUGUGGUCUGAUUAUUUUCGUCUCUGUAGUCCAAUUUUCUAUAAUCACUCCCCUUGAUAAUCUGUCUAUAAUUUUACUACAACUCAUGUAAGGGUUAGCCUUCCAAACUAGAAACUUGUAUUCAAGGUUAGCAUUAGUUCAGAAAAUUGUCUCUUCCAAACGGUGAUUUUGACAUGUAUCAAUGUUUAGAAUCACCGUAUUUUUUCAUGAUUUUACUCCUCAAUAACUAAUCUUGUAUUACUUUCUAUUUAAAUACUGUAGUAUCCCAAUUUGUUAUCUGGAUUUUUUAUCAAAAAAAUGGCGGGAGUCAUGUGAUUUUCAAAUUGCAAUGGCGAUUCCCGCCUAUUUAUUUACAUAGAUAAUAAAUGUUUUAAUUUGUAUAGUAAAUAUUGUAUAAGUUAGCUUCACCUACUAAAUGAUUUGACUGUGUUCUAUCAGCCCUUUGUAUUAUAAAAAUCGCGACGUUUGUUUGUCGUGAAACUAUAAUUUGUUGUUAUAAUUAUAAUAAAAUAUAAUUUAUUCGGAACGUA